AUGGAAGAACCUCCAGCCCUCGUUUUCAAGUACAAAUGUCGUCGAAAUAUGUUCGUUGCACGACCGGUGACCUGCCGACCGGUGGUACAAUCACCCACUCCCAUUAUAUCUUUUCAUCACCGACCAACAAAAGGAAGGUCUGAUGGGAAGGUGUCUCACGCCCCCAUUGCUGCUGCACUUACACCUAUAAGGAAAAUACUCAGGUCCAAAAGUGUAACGAAGGCCAAAAGUGAGCCCGAGCUGAAGGAAACAUUAAGGGAAGAGGCGUCGAGCCCAAUGAACAAGGAGGUGACUCUAGAGUUCCAGAGAUCGUACAAUUCUUCCCUUCACUUGAAUGUAUCACCAACUUCAUCCAUUAACUUUGAUAGACGCGAUGUUUCAUCGAGGAUAAAGUUGUUGGCUGUAGUUCAGCAUAUGGAUAGUGAAGAGCUCACUGAAAAGUGUGCUUCCACUGCUUCCUCGCCAAAAUUGCCCGAGGAGGAAGGAACCCCUACUUCAUCAAAGUUGCCUCGCAAAUUAGGCAGCACUGCCAUUAAACUUCUUUCGUGUGCAAAAGACAGUGAAUAUGAUGGCGGUUUGGGCGACGCCGAAAGGCCAGGAAGUGUUGGCGAUAUUGAAACGGUGGUAUCCGAAGAGCUGAAAACCAUUCAAUGCAUUGCCUGUGUCUCUGGUGAUGAGAACUGGAAAACGCAGCCUGAAGUCAAACGUAGCGACGCACUCAACUGUACUAUUUCCCAUCAAAAGGUAAUAGUAAGGCAGCUGCCGCUGAGUUAUGCACAGAGUGAUGGGACUUUCGUGUCAUCAUCAAUGUCAAGAGGGAUUCAGUGCAGCAUUCGAUCAGAUGGUAUGAGGCGUGAAGAAGAAAAUGCACCACCUUUGAGAAGCACGGCGCCUGAUUCACCUUACGUGAGCCUGUAUAAAUCUCCCCAUGAGACAUACGAAACAGUCUGCUUUUGUCAUACACGACCACUUCGCAUCCAACAGACCACAAACAAAAGCGAUCCACAAGUUCGCCACGUUUCCACUUCGACAUCUGAUGCAAUGAUUGGAGGCAGAGAAGGGGUUAGAGUGGCUAGAGUAAUGCAAACCGACCCUCCGAGACAUGACAAGUCAACUCAAUACACAAGUCACAUCACUAGACAAAGUCAGACAGUUCAAACUGCGUUUUCGCCGCCAAACUCAACCCAAAGGCGAUUACAUGCACCGCACACAUCAAAACAGACCAUCGUCGAUAUUUGGGACACAGCUACAAUGAGCGACAAUUCUCAAGGCAGUGCUGAUCCGCUGUGUUGGCACUUGGAAAAUGUGAAACAACAGCGUCGUUCUUGCAAUGAGGAAUUGCAGGGUGAAUUGAAACCGUGCCGACUUCUUGCAUUGCAGAAUGCCACUUUGGAUUGUCGAGGCGAUCAUAGCCGUCACUACCAUCACCGUCGGCGGUACCUUAGAAGACGUACCCACUUGCCCAAUACCACCUCCACCUCGACGCAAACACCACACAAAUUGCCUUCUUUUCCUCAUCCACCGACAUCUUCUAAGCAGACACGUGCCUCAGAUGGUACACACCUCAAGUGCUGCAUGAGAAGAUAUUCAGUGACACGUUCUGCCACUAUCUCUCCUCCUCUUACUCCUAUUACUCCUUAUCGUCAUCAUCAUGGUUGCCUUGAAGUAGGUCGACAUAUGAAAUACAACAGUCCUGUGACGAGGCGAGUGGUCAAAUCGAAUGAUCCGAUGUCACUGAGACGCAGUUAUCAGAUGCACACAUUCUCCUCCAUUCUCAAACGUCAAAAUCAUCCACGUUUCUCUCCUCAUUACAGAAACAAUGCCUGGAAAUGA